CUGUUAUAUACCAAACUGGAUUGGUGCAGAAAGGGAUAACUACAUGUAAGGAAGAUGAGAUGACGUUUUCCACCGACUUAUCGUGGAUGAGUAAUCACCACUUAUCGGCGGGUCCAGAUGGCUGAUGCCUCAGGAUACAAUCACUGACUAAUGCGGGGAAGGCCGAAAGCGGAGAUAUUCUGCCACCGGAUCCCGCCUCCAGGAUCUAUCGAUAAGAAAUUGCGUGAUUGCCACUAGCCGGAUGGGGUAAGAUCCCCUGGGAUUUUCUAUAGAGCGGCGGCGGCGACGGGCUUUUUAUCCCCCCAUCGCCCCUCCCGAUCCGGCGCUGCUGAUUCCUCUCCUCUUGUCUUUCUUGUCUUCAUACUGGUGGUAUCGGCUGGCUGAUUCCCCCAUCUUCAGACAAGAAUCCCCCGCCAUGGGCUCCUCUUCUCCAGCCUUGUCGACCCUCGGCGGUCCGACUUAUGUCACUGCCCAGACCCUCAUCCAGCAAGUCGCUUAUGUCUUGAGCGACAAGAUCUUCUCUUACUCUCCGGAGUCUUUCGAGUUGGAUGCUGCUCUCCGGGAAUGGUCCUCCAAGCAGGAGAUCAACGCCAAUGGCGAGUCUCCUGAAAUCAAGGCCAUGGAGACCCGCCAGGGUGCCGGUAACAUCGCCCUCGGUUACAUCUUCUCCCAGGACUUCGACCUGAAGAAGCGCCACAUCCCUCAGGGUAUUGUUGCUUCCUCGGCCACUCUCCCUUAUAUGCGUGCCGCCCUGGAGCAGCUGUCUCUCCUGUACUCCGUUGCUAGCCCCGUUGCUGCCCAUGUCGCCGCUGUCGACUAUGCCGGUGAGGAUGGCCUUGUCUCCGACUAUGCCUCCGCCCUCUCCCUCGCCGAAGAGCUUGGCCUGGGUCUGGUGUCGAGUGCAUCUGUCCACGAGUCUCAACACAUGGCUCUGCUCACCACCCUUCUGUCCUCCGUUCUGCCCUCCGUCCACAUCUAUGACGGUGUCCGCGUCGGCCGGGAAGAAACCCGCGUCAUUGACGUCCUCGACCAGGCUGGUCUGUCUCGCACCUACGAGGCCGUCCGCAAGACCCUUGAAGACUCCCGCAGUCGUCACCUCGACACUCAGGGCAAGCUCCUCGAGCUCCUCCAGUCCCUGAACGGUGAGCUCGGAACCGACUAUGGCCUCUUUGAGUACCACGGCCACGCUGAGCCCGUCUCCGUUCUGGUUGCUUUCGGUACCGUCGAGGCAUCCCUCACUGCUCAGAUUGCCCGCUCUUUGGCCAAGGACGGUGUUCGCGUUGGUGUCAUCAACGUCCGUGUCUACCGUCCUUUCGUGGAGGAGGAAUUCCUGCGCGUUCUGCCCAAGUCUGUCAAGACUGUUGGUGUCCUUGGCCAGGUCUCUGACGAACAGGCUGUCCAGGAGCAGGGUGUUCGCUCUGCUCUGUACGAGGAUGUCCUUGCUGCUUUGACUUUCGCCACCGAUCGGGAGCAGACCCCGGCUUGCAUUGAUAUCAAGUACGCCCGCUCUCAGCGCUGGGAUCUGAUCAACACCGCUGCCGCUUUCCAGCUGGUUCACGAGAAGCCUAUCGUCCAGGCUGGUGCCGAGUUGGAGCCUCUGCAGUUGCUCGACCCUGCCACCGUGCAGGAGUACACUUUCUGGGAUGUUGACACCUCCGUUGGUGGCGACGUCGCCACGACUCUUUCCCAAGCCUUGGCUGCCGAUUCAGCAAGCAAUGUCACCACCAACAAGGUCCACGAUAACCUCGUCCAGGGAGGUGUCGUCCGUGUUGACAUCCGCAAGAGCUCCAAGAUUGUCGAUGCCCCCUACUCCAUCACUGCUGCCGACACUGCCUUUGUUGGAGACGUCAAGCUGCUUGGCGACGUCGACAUUGCCGCAUCUGUCAAGGACAACGGCAAGGUCAUCGUGAACGCCCCUGGCGUGAAAGACGAUGAGCUCGAGAAGAAGCUGCCUGUUGCUUUCCGUCAGGCUGUCGCUGAGCGGGGCAUCUCCCUCUACUUCGUCGACCCAUCUGUUGCCGGUAAGACCGCCUCUGAGUCCUCGGUCCUUCAGGUUGCUUUCUUGCGUGUGGCUCUGCCUUCUCAGGAGAGCGUGGGCAUCAAGAAGCUGGCUUCUAUUGGCGGUAAUGCCGAGGCCCUGGAGAAUGUUAGCAAGGAACUUGAGAAGGUUCUCCGCCAGAUCGAGGUUCCCGAGGCCUGGAAGACUCCCGAGGAGGGAGCCCAGGUUGCUCAGCUCCCCAAGGACAUUUCCCCCAACAGCUUCGUGUCCUUCGACAAGGAAGAGACCGAGCCUGCCUCCUACCUUAAGGACUGGCAGACCGCUGCCAAGGGUCUCGCUUUCAAGGAGGCCUACGGCACCAAGAAUGCUCUGCGUCCUGAGACGGCUACCAAGACCUUCACUGUCCACGUCAAGGAGAACAGACGCCUUACUCCUGUCACCUACGAUCGUAACAUCUUCCACAUCGAGUUCGACUUGGGUGACUCUGGCCUCAAGUAUGACAUCGGUGAAGCCCUGGGCGUGCACGCUGAGAACGACCCGAAGGAUGUCAUGGACUUCAUCGCCUUCUAUGGCCUGAACGCCGACGAUGUCGUCGAGGUGUCCAGCCGCGAGGACCCCGCCGUUCUGGAGAACCGCACCGUCUACCAGGCCCUUGUCCAGAACGUCGACAUUUUCGGUCGCCCGCCCAAGCGCUUCUACGAAGCUCUGGCCGAAUUCGCCGAUGACGAGAAGGAGAAGACCGAUCUUCUUACCCUCGGUGGCCCCGACGGAGCUGUGGAAUUCAAGCGCCGUUCCGAGGUGGACACUGUUACCUUCGCGGAUAUUCUGCUCCAGUACCCCUCGGCCAAGCCUGACUUCCACGACCUGAUCCGUAUCGUCGGUCCCCUGAAGCGUCGUGAGUACUCCAUCGCUUCUUGCCAGAAGGUGACACCCACCACCGUUGCUCUUAUGAUUGUUGCGGUUACCUGGUCGGACCCCACUGGCCGUGACCGUUUCGGUCUGGCCACCCGCUACCUCAGCCGGCUCCAGCCCGGUACCCCCGUCACCGUCAGCGUCAAGUCCAGUGUGAUGAAGCUGCCCCCCAAGUCCACCCAGCCCCUCAUCAUGGCUGGUCUCGGUACUGGUCUGGCUCCCUUCCGUGCCUUCGUCCAGCACCGUGCUCUUGAGAAGGCUCAGGGCAAGGAGAUUGGUGCCGUUUUGCUGUACAUGGGCUCCCGCCACCAGCGCGAGGAGUACUGCUACGGUGAGGAGUGGGAGGCCUACCAGGAGGCCGGUGUCAUCACUGUCCUGGGUCGUGCCUUCUCUCGUGACCAGCCUGAGAAGAUCUACAUCCAGGAUCGCAUGCGCCAGACUCUGCCUGAAAUCAUCCAGGCCUACAUCCGCGAGGAGGGUGCUUUCUACCUCUGCGGUCCCACAUGGCCCGUGCCCGAUGUCACCGCCGUGCUGGAGGAGGCCAUCGCCACUGAGGCCAAGAACCUGGGCAAGAAGGUCGACUCUCGCAAGGAGAUCGAGAAGUUGAAGGAUGAGGAGAGAUACGUCCUUGAAGUGUACUAAGGAGAGG